GUAACUUCCCGCGCAUGCGUAGACGUAAGAGUGGGGGUUUCCGUCGGAACGUUAAAGACAUCGAUUUUCACGCACACCAAAAAGACUGCAGCUGGAGGAACUUCAGAGAAACCCUUCGAGGACUAUGCACUCGGUCCUUCACCUAUUUCCUUCAGGGAAUUUCACUCUUAACGAGGCCUCAAGAGACGGCGAGUGGCGCAGGCGUGAAAGGCGAACUCCAGGCAAAGCCGAGACGGAUUAAACCUCAACGCUUUAUUCUGAGGAAGCACAUGAAGGAAGGAAGGAAGGAAGGAGGGAGGGAGGUUUUGUACAUUCAGUCUUCGCUUGGAGGAGUUAUAAACCAAUCAGAAUGCAGCGUGAGUAAGCUCCAGAUCUGCGCUCGAGGUGUGUGAGCGAGUGAACAAACAAUGGCAAUGGUGAAAACGCACAAACAGGAAUUGAUGAAACCCUAUGGAGCUACUUCCUGUCCCACUGUCCCACGUGUGUUCUUUUAAUCUGCCAUCACGUACCUGUGAGCUGUGUAUCUGCCUGAAAUGCACAGAUGGGACGCUUUAUCCUGUUCGGUUGCCGUCCCACUGGAACUGAACCUUCACCUUACUUCUUAGCCAAUCAGAAUAAGGGCUCAUGAAUAUGCAUAAGCGCGUGUGCACCACUGUGUAAAACCCGCAGCGCCGCGAUGGAUGCCAAGCUUCGAGACGAUCUCUUCCGGAGGUACGUGGCGUUCCUGGAGAAGCGGCUCGAGGAAGGAGCGGGUGGAGCUCAGGGGAAUGCGAGGGAGGAAGCCCUUGUCUCCACGGCAACCGCCCUGCUAGGAGCGUGCGAGGCCGAGGCGGGGCAGCGGUUUCGCUCGAUCCGCUUCUACGACAUCGUAGAGAAUUCUCUAAGAACACUGAAGGGCUCCAACUUGCAUGCGCUGGAGAGCGCCUUCGCCACACUGGAGACCGUCUGCACCAACCUGCUGCUCUUCCCCUGGAAGAAGGAGUUCCGCUGUAUUAAGACGUUCACCGGGCCGUACGUGUACCAGCUCCAGACGGCCAUCUGUGACUCCGACCUUCGCUCCGUCCUGCGCUCCAUGGGCUACUCCCGGGACCAGGAUCUGCAGUACGUGAUGAGAGAUCAGCACGGCGGCGCCGGGCCUCAACACCUCCGGCAGCUGGCGUUCGAGUUGCUCCUGGCGCAGGCCGAGUGCCGCCUGUUGAGGGAGCGCGGAGGGGGCGUGGCCGAACUGGAGGUCGUGGAGGUGCGCAGGAACUCCGGUGACGACAUCAUGCGUUUAUCGGCUCGGCAGCCCGACCUGGACCGCGCCCACCUGAGGCGCGGCGGACGCCCUUCCAAAUCCGUAGACGUGACGGACAGCGCCGGUCACUGGCACCAAGCCAACAAACCCGUCCUCAAAACCUCACUCAGCCUACGCAAAGAGCCGCUAUUCGUCGACGCCGAAGAGGACCUAAAAGAUGAGAUCAUCCGCCCCGUCGGAGAUUAUUACCCCUCUCAGCCAUCUGAGCCGUACCCGUACCACCUCUCCUCGCUAGACGAGAUCGAUCUGUAUACGGAGCGAGGGAUGAGCGGCCGUCAUACGCCUUCCAGGACGCCCAGCAGGGAAUCGUGGGAAUCCUGGGCGCCGAAGAGUCACGGAUUAAAGUGUCAGGGCUGCGGAUUGAGCUCGCUGACGCUCUCUUCCUGUCAGAGGUGCGACGCCAUCCUCUGCCCGACGUGCCACGGCUCGGACCCUGCCCCCUGCUGCGGCUUUCCAGACUUCCCUAAAAACUCCUCGCGCCCUCUGGACGGCUACGUGCCGGUCAAGGAGAAGCUUUCGGUUUAUUCCAGCUCACACCCACACACUCACGCUCACACGCACGCUCACACACACACACACCCGCUGUCACACUCGCAUUCCCACUCGCCUCUUCUGGACAAGCCCUCGAUCGGCACCAAGCUGUUCCCGAGCAAGCCGCCCUCCGCAUCGGGAGCGUCGGCGGCGUCCGGCGCCGUAGGAUCGCGCUGCGGCUUCUGCAACAAACCGGGAGCCUCACACACGUGCGUGAAUUGUUCCAAGGUGUCGUGCGACACGUGUACAAGCCUUUACAUGGGCGACGUGUGCACUCGCAAGAGUCUGCACCAUAAUUUCGUACCCAACCACCAGCUCAACUACAAAUCCAGCACCAUUUCUCAUCUGGUGUAUCGAUAAGUAAACGAUCAACACCUUUCUCUUCUUUCAUCCUUCACUCUCUCUGGUUUUUGUUUCGAUUUCUCCGCCUCCCUCAUCACGUGAUCUCGUCGUUCUUCCCGCUCUCUUUACCUUUACUCUCCUGCCUUGACUUACUUGAUUGUAAAGAGAGAAGAACAAAGUGGACGACAGGGAGGAAAAAAAAAAAACGACUGGACAAUGACAUAUGCAACCUACGUCACGCAAAAGACAACACAUUUCCUGCCUCUGGAAAUAUAAAGAAGCUUGAACAAACCUGAACAAAGGGAAGACACACAAACACUGGAAAUUCAGUAGUAUAUAUUUUGAAUCUUAAAUCUAUAGAUCUAUGUGAGACUCUGGAGCGGUCGCGUCGUCGUGAAAUGUCGGUUCAGAUGAGAAAUAUUUUCACGUGUCCCAUGAAGCUGUCCAAAAUGCUGCUGUGAAAUAAAUCAGGUGGAGAAAGCCGACGCCCCGAUCACAUUGAUUGUGUUGGAGUGAAGCUGUGACACGCUGCUCAGAGACAGCUUUACCUUCCUUUUUCUUUCUUUCUUUUUUCUUUCAGCUCUGUGUGUUAGUGCAGCACAGUCACGUUUACUCUGCAGUUUUCACGUGUAAUCCUACAUCCGCUGAUCAACAGCUUAGGGACAGGCGAUUAGGACGAAAUAUCAUUCCUGAGAUAUUUCAGGAUGUUUAUAAUAAACAACACUAAUUUAAUGAUGUGUUAGAAAAAGAAGAGGAGAUUUAAAAAAAAAAAAUUAAAUUAUUUAUUUUUAAAUGAAUAUUUUACCAUUUAAACAAUUCAAACUAAAGAAAAUACAAUAUCAUUUAUUUAUUUCCCUUUUCACUUUCCGGUUAAACUUUAUGUUCUGCAUCUACUAAAGGUAAUAAAAUAAAAAUAUAAUAAAUUGAAUCCUAACAGAAGUCUUUUUAGAUGCAAAUGAUUCUAGUGCCAAUUCCAAUAUUUAUAAAUCUUUACAGUGUCUCGUAUUUUCUCUGAUAUCUGAUCCACCGUCUCUGGUAUUAACAUGGAGAUUUUUACAACAAUAAACCAUUCUCAGCAGGUGAAGAUGAACAACAACAACAUCCGUUUAGCUAAUCUGAGCUAGUUAGCUAGAAGAUGCUAGCUCGAAGAGAAAUGGUGGAGAUGUUCACAUUCCUGUCUCGUUCCAGAAAGCGAGGAAUAAUCCCCAUCACACGAGGCUAACUGUGUAGUUUAACAAAUCUUCCAAACGAGUCUUUAGUAGAGUGUAAGAGAUCUGAGUGAGAUCAGACUUUGCAUAAACUCUCACACUGGACAUGGCAAUUGUUCCCCUUUUUCCCAGGAACAUAUAACUUAAACUAAAUGGUCAAAAGUUUGUGUACCCUCUGACCAUCACACUUGUUGAAAAUCCAAUUAUUUACUGAUCUAAUCAGCUCCACGCCUCUCUCCUGGGAAGCUUUCUGUUGGGGCGUGUCUGGGGGGGUUUGUUCAUUCAGCUUUAGUGAGAUCAGACUCUGAUGUUCAGGAUAUUGAUCAGACUCCAGUUCCAGUUCAUCCUAAAGUGUCAGAGUCAGGGCUCUGUGCAGGACACUCCAGAUCUUCCACUCCGACCUUCACCUCCACAUCAUGGGGCUUGGGUCAUUCUGGAACAGUGUCUAGACUCAACCUCUGAGCAGAUGAACCACAUAUUGGGUGUGAUGGUCAGGGGUGCACAUACUUUUAAGUUGUAGAGUUCAAAGGCUAGCAGGGAGAUAUAUAAAAGACGCAACAGCGUGAUCGUCACUGCUGCCUUUAUAUUGGUCUAUAUAUCAUCUAAUGACCUCACUACUGGUCUGCCCAAGUGAACGAGAGCCACUGGACAUCAGUGUGUCCACAGUCACGUCAGUGUUAAAGGAGUAACCACUCGUGUUUCCGCUGCUCUUAUUGAACACCUCAUUAAAGACUCAAUGAAGAAAGUUUCACUUUAACGAGGAAACUCUUUCCCUGUUCAUCGAUGAACGGUUGUACGUUAAGACUAAAAAGGAAGGAUAAACUUCACUUGAAAUAGAAUAGAAAUUAAAUUCAAAAUAUUCAUCAUUCAGUUCAGUGUUUCUAGAAAAGUAUUAGAAUCAUCUCUGAUUAGUGGCAGUUUGGGUUAAAAGUACAUUUUUUUAUUUGAAAUAAUUAUUCUUAUAUGCUCAUGCAAUGUUUUUGCAAAAUUUUGUUUGUUUUUUGAGUUGUCAGAAAAAGCAACAAGUAUUAUUAUUGUGCUUUAUUAUUAUUAUUAUUUUAUUAUUAUUUUUUUUUCAAUACCCAAAAAAGAAGCAACAACCAUUAUUAUUUUUAUUU